AUGAAAUAUUCGUUUAUAACGAUCGUCAUCUUCAUUACAACGAUAUUAGCACGAUCGGGUCAAGCGGACGAAAUCAACUUUCGAGAUGUGUUUACGAAAGCGAUUAAAACGCCUCAAGACCAGAAUAUUUUGACACGACUUGAACAAAGUCUACCGCAAUUUCUCGAUUUUGAUAUACCUUCAAAUGAAAAUGUCGACAAAGUGUUCGCGAAAUUCAAAGAAGCAAUUCGAUUAUUUCCAGCUAAUAUUCAACGAGACACAGCACUUAAUGAACAAACUGCACGGGAUAUAUUUCCUGCUCUACAACCAAUUUAUCGCUACGUGAAGGAAUCUGUUUGGAAGUCAAUCUUAAAAUUGAUCGAUUUACCACGGCAAUUAACACAAAUUCCAGCUCGAAAUCUACCUGAUGCACAAUUAAAUAAUCUUCUCUCGUAUUCCGAUGACAAUACCGUGUCGAAUGUUCUUGAUUUCAACUCGAAUCGACAAGAUUUUAGUGACGAACAAAAAUCAAUUCUUGUGCAAAAUUAUAUCAAUCGAGUCAAAACGAAGCUCAAUGCCACUAAUUUCCAACAAUUAAUCACGGAAAAAUUAGGUGCAUCCUUUCUUCGGUACCUUCCAAUUGAUUUUCUUGCCCAUGAUACGAUUUUCAAUGAAAACAGCGUCAUUCGUAACAUUGCUACCUGGCUUCAUUUUUUGAACCCUGUUCAACGUGAUGCGGUUGCAAGUAAAAUCUAUCGAACAUUAACCGACACUACAGGUAAAAUUGCGCAAAAUAAUGCGCCAUCAAGUCUGACAGGUAACGAUGCAAGUACAUUGAACAUGAUUGCACGCACAAUGCCAAGUCUGUCGACGCGACAAAUUAUCAAUGCUGUCGGAGAUCGUAUUGUACCGCUACUUGAACAAUCAAGUGUUCGAGAUGAUCAAUCAUGUACGACAGCGCUUGCCCUGCUUAAUCGAACGAUUGAAUCGAAGAAAACAAGUAAUCGUUAUUUCCGACCGAAUCUACAAUUGGUACAACGAUGGCAAGAAUGCUACAGUGGAUGUGAUCUAAACAAUCUGUUUUCCAAUCGUCACGAAUUGAAAGAAUUGUUGAAAAGUCAUCCAAGUCCGGAAAGCUGUGAAAAUCUUGUACAUGAAGUGAAAAAGGAAUACGAUCUCGAACGUGAUGUUUCGGCUCAUAAACUGCGCGAAGUUUCAGACGCUUUUGGUUCGAUCUACCAGGCUGAUGAGAUCAGUCAGUUGAGCGGUGAACUUAUGGCUGAAUUAGGUCGUGAUGAGAAAACCUUAGAAAAACUCGGUUCACAAGAUUUGACACCCAACGAGGCUCGAACAAUCAUCAAUAAGAUUCCUCGUUCGACUCAAAAUCUUUGGGGAAAGAGCAUGCUUGGCAAAUUAGGUAAUCUCAUUCCUGGACUGGACAAUGCCAUUCUCAAACAGAUCUUAACUCGGGGUCGAGGAGAUUUACCGUCAUUGUUCAAUAAUACAUCUCCGUCGUUCAUACGAAAACUCGUACCCAGCAAAAUUCGACUUUUGAUCGAUCAAUACGCAACUGAACCAAAUCUCGCGAAAUAUCGACAAUUAUUGGCUUCGGAUUAUGCAAAGAGAUAUAUCAAAUCUGAAACGUUGACUAGAAUUCUUCAAUUAGCCCCUGACGUUCUUCGUUUGAUACGUUUCACUCCUGCUCAAGCCUCGGCAGCCAUUGCGAAUCACUUAGAUUCCGAACGAAGUUUCGAUGGCAGUCUCAGUAACUUGGGAAAGAUAAUGAAUUUUAUCAACGGUUUAACUAAAACCGAUGUGGAAAAGAUCAAACCGGAAGAAUCCUUACAGGCUAUUCAACAAGUUUUUGGUAGUGCAAGAAGUAAAAACAUUGAUAGUCAAAUGCAGUCGAAUACUCGUUACGCAUUUGGAAAUGUUCUACGCCGCGGUUUACAAACGAGUGAAGCAACACAAAAGACCGAUGAUUAUAUCAAAGGACUUUUCCGUGAGGACAAUCUUGUUGACGACCUCAAUCCACAAUUGUUUACAACGAUGACAAACGCGGAACUUGAUGCUAUCAAUCAUUUAGAUAAAGAUCAAGCCAAUCGAUUUUGGAACGCAAUUGGUUCCAUCCGUGAACCAGCUUGUUGUUCAAUUGUAAAUGAAAAUCGUUUCCGCUUAGCUGAUUACGCUCUAAGAUGCUAUGGUUCAGCAACAGGCGACAUCGAUGCGUUCAAACUGUCUCAGCUGGGACCAUUCCUUGUUACAAGUUUACGCGCGAGUGACAUUCGUCGAAUUACAACUGAUGGUUUGAUUAACAAGAUCAACUUGUUCAAAUCGAACUGUUUUCAACCAGCUAAAGCUGAAGCUCAUGCACUUGGUGCUCGACUUAACGAUGCACUUGGUGAAGUCGAUGACGGACUCAAAGCUCUGUAUCUUGAUCUUAUUGGUGAAUUAGCAGCCUAUCUACCGGCGGAGGUAUCUGCUCCGAAACAUGUAUUAGCACAGCGAGCAAAUUACCUAUCGAAAUCUUUGGACAAACUUCACAAUCGUGAUGAAAACUGUAAAAUACCUGACGCAGAUGAUUUCUUGAGCAAAUCAACUCUUGGUAUUAAACGAACGUUGGCCAAUGCAUUCUUAGAUCAAUAUUCUUCAUUACAUCCUUCUCGUAAUCGUCGACAAGUCAGUCAAAAACGAAAUAAUAUAACUUGUCAAGAGCUACGACAGAUGGGUUCAGCUGUCUCAGCUCUCUCGUCGGAACAAAUUUCGUCGCUUGAUGAUGAUGUUCUCGUUCGAUGUAUAGAUGCGUUUGGUGCAGUAAAACAAUACAGCGGUGAUCUAACAAAACAAAUUGCUCAAAAAUAUAUUCAGGCAUUACAAAAUCAAGGUCGACACAUUCAAUCUCUAAGUCAAUCGGAAUUAUAUCAAUUGAAUUCGAUCUUGAUCGGUUUUAAUCCAAAUGAAUUGCUACAAUUACGAACCGAAUACUUCCGCGAUGGAUAUUUCCUCUCGUUUAUUGGAAAUCUCAACGGUUGGACACUGGCUCAAUUGAAAUCUCUGGCACAACUAGCACUCAGUUUUGAACAACGCCUCACACCGACACUACUUGAAAAUGCUGGCAAGAUCCUAUGUGCGAUUGACGAUGGACUUCUUCGUCGCAUUCCACCUGAAGAAGUCAAAUCGUAUCUAUCUAUUUUGGCCAAUAUCGAAUGUCCAAAUGAAGCGAAUGUCAAUUAUUCAUCAACAUUGUUCGAUGUUGUUAAAACUAUCUAUCAGACUGAGAUUCACCGACCACAUAUCUUUGGUUCAUUGGGUACAAUCGCUGCCGGUUUGAAAUCUGGAGAUUUGAGUGCCUUGUCUCCUGAAUUGUGGAAUUUCUUUCCUCAACAAGCACUCUCACGUCUUCCUCAAGACAUUUUUAAAUCAUUUAACAAUGAACAAUUACAAAAUCUAAAUAUUGAACAAAUUAAAACUAUUCCAAAUAGUUUACUCAGUUCACUAAGUCGAAAACAAAUGGUUAUCAUCAACCAAAUCUUGUAUCCAUUCAAAACAUCAGAAGAACUGACUUAUUUCAAUGAAAAGACAACGAAUAAUACUGAUGAACCGAAUAUGAGUGGUAUGGAAUAG